AUGAUUUCGCUUCUCAGCGUAUACAUUCGUCAUCUUGACCUGUCCAUCAAAUCUGAUACGGUUUCAACGGAUGAAUGGCUACAUUUUCAUGCUGAUCGAAUUGUAUCACUUCGAAUUAAUGAUAUUCAACUUAAUGAUCGUCUUUUGUCUAUAUUUGUAAUACUCAGUCGUAUUGAACUUCAGUCUGUCUGGUCGCAAGAUAUCUUCACAUUGAGUCAACUGAAAUCACAACCACUCUGCUUUUCAUUUCCAAAACUCAACGAAUCUGAAACACACGAUCAUUUGUUGGCAUCUGUGUGGCAUCGAGAUAGUCACAUAAAAGAUUUAUCAAUUGCAUAUUGUUUUACAUUCAAAGCACAUCAUUUUUCUCCAUCGUCGUCGCUCACUCCAAGUCAACAUCUCAUUCGUCUCUCACUCGUCAUCAGUCAUAUCGUCUUGGCAAUCGAUUUGAUGCCAUUUAUACCUGUUGUGGAGCAUUUGGAGAUUCGACUUUGUGAUAGACAUAAUCAUGCUGGUAUAUAUCGACCAUUACAUGAAGAAAUUUUUCAAGCUUGUACAUGGCCUUCUCGCGUCAAAGUCUUACGUUUGCUUGCUUACAAUCAAAUUACAAAUACGUACAAUGUUUGUUCGUUCAUUCGAGGCUUUUCAUCAUCACUCGAAAACUUAUCAUUGUAUUUUACCACCACUUCAUCUUAUCUUCUGUCUAGUUGGCGAAAUUUCGAACGUUUUUUAUUGAAUUAUUUGCCUCACAUUAAACGGCUCGAUUUCUGUGUUCAUAGUCGUGCGCAUGAAACUCCUGCUCGCCGAACAUUCGACAGAUGGAGAGAAAAACAACAUGUGGUUUCGAUUUAUCACGAAGAACAUCUUAUGCAUACACGAUUCACCUUUCCAUUUGUAUUUGACUCAUUGGAGCAUGUCACCGAUGAUUUUGUUGAUUUUCACUCGAAUAUUAAUCGUGCCGAUUUUCUCUUCUCACUUCCGACUGUAAUCAACAUUUCAUUUCGUUCUCGAGAAAAAUUGAGUUUGAAUCUAUUCAAAUUCAUUCGUCAUGUUUGUCCUUAUCUUCGUCAAAUUACUUUCAAAGACUUUUGUCAGUUAAAUGACGAUUUGAUUGAAGAUAGUCGAUUGACUAUUCCAACUCUUGUUCAACUAUGUCUUGAUGAUGUGUACUAUAAUAGCUGUAAUGAUAGUUUACGACGUCUUCUUCAUCUCGCACCUAAUCUAGAACAUUUGAUAAUUCCAGUUAAAUUUAUUCGUCUCAUGAGUAUGAUCGAGAAUGAUGUCGGACAAUUUACGUCUAUUCGUCGACUGACCAUAAUCGAGCACUGUUGUGAAGGAGCCGUCAUCGACUACAGCUUCUGCUCAGACAAGAGUGAAAAAACGAUGCGAAACAUUUUUCCCAAUGCAGAUAUCACCUAUCAAAUUAAAGGUGAUAAUUACUAA